UUGGCUUUUGUCUUCAGUGCGGAAGAGCGAUUCACGAGGUAUUGAAUCCAAUAGCUAUCACAGCCACUGUAAAAAUAUACCUAAAAUGUGUUUUCUUGGCCUUGAAGUCCAAUACAUACCAUAUAAGCAGGAGUGAACGAUCGAGUCUUCCCCAAGAAAUCCCAAAUCCUAAUUUCACGCUUGACUAACCUUUAUAUACUCAUCAGUCAUUGCUUCACUCUCUACCACUCAUCCAUCCAUUUCUGUCCAUAUAAGAUCUUCACAUCUUCGUUCCUUGGGUUCUCUUCUCUCAAUUUGAAUAUGGAAACCACACUAGGUUCGCUUUCCCUCGACUCAUGCAAACCCUCAAACAACAACGUAUCCGGCCCUCCUCAAAACGGCUCCCUUUGCAUCCAAGACUCUGUGAUUAAGAUCUCUCCGGAAUCCACCCUCGGCCGCCACCUAGCUCACCGUCUUGUCCAAAUUGGCGUCACUGAUGUGUUCUCUGUCCCUGGUGACUUCAAUUUGACACUUCUCGAUCAUUUGAUCGCUGAGCCAGGGCUCAACAACGUUGGCUGCUGUAAUGAACUCAAUGCAGGGUAUGCUGCAGAUGGUUAUGCAAGGGCUCGCGGCGUUGGUGCUUGUGUUGUUACAUUCACCGUUGGUGGGCUUAGCAUUAUCAAUGCCAUUGCUGGGGCUUAUAGUGAGAAUCUUCCGGUGAUUUGUAUCGUUGGAGGGCCUAAUACUAAUGACUAUGGGACUAACAGGAUUCUCCACCAUACUAUUGGAUUGCCUGAUUUUACCCAAGAACUCCGCUGCUUUCAGACUGUCACCUGCUUUCAGGCUGUGGUGAAUAACUUGGAAGAUGCACAUGAACUGAUUGACAGAGCAAUUUCUACUGCUCUGAAAGAGAGCAAACCAGUUUAUAUUAGCGUUAGCUGCAAUUUGCCUGCAAUUCCUCAUCCCACUUUUAGCAGAGAACCCAUUCCAUUUGCUCUUUCACCAAGGUUGAGUAAUAAGAUGGGACUAGAAGCAGCAGUAGAGGCAACUGCGGCCUUCUUGAACAAAGCAGUGAAACCAGUAAUGGUAGGAGGACCAAAGCUUCGAGUGGCGAAGGCUUGUGAAGCCUUUGUUGAGUUAGCCGAUGCUUGCGGUUAUGCCCUUGCAGUUAUGCCUUCUGCAAAAGGCCUUGUUCCUGAACACCACUCUCAUUUUAUUGGCACUUACUGGGGAGCUGUAGGCACUAGCUUCUGUGCCGAGAUUGUUGAAUCUGCUGAUGCAUACAUAUUCGCUGGGCCGAUAUUCAAUGACUAUAGCUCUGUUGGCUACUCUCUGCUCCUCAAAAAGGAGAAGGCCAUCGUUGUCCAGCCUGAUCGUGUUAUAGUGGGUAAUGGACCUGCUUUUGGGUGUGUACUAAUGAAGGACUUUUUAAGUGCACUGGCUAAGAGGCUUAACAACAACACAACUGCUUAUGAGAACUACCACAGGAUCUACGUUCCCGACGGGGUUCCUCUGAAAUGUGAGCCUAAAGAGCCUUUGAGGGUCAAUAUUCUAUUUCAACACAUACAGAAGAUGCUGUCAGAAAACACUGCUGUGAUUGCUGAAACAGGAGAUUCAUGGUUCAAUUGUCAGAAACUUAAGUUGCCGGAAGGGUGUGGUUGGUGUUGCAGCUAUGAAUUCCAGAUGCAAUAUGGUUCAAUUGGAUGGUCUGUUGGUGCAACAAUUGGGUAUGCACAGUCAGUGCCGGAUAAGCGUGUCAUUGCCUGCAUAGGAGAUGGGAGCUUCCAGGUGACGGCGCAAGAUGUGUCAACAAUGCUGCGAUGCGAACAGAAGACUAUUAUCUUCCUAAUAAACAAUGGUGGAUACACCAUAGAAGUAGAAAUCCACGAUGGACCAUAUAAUGUAAUCAAGAACUGGAACUACACUGCCUUAGUUGAUGCUAUACACAAUGGAGAAGGGAAAUGCUGGACAAGAAAGGUAAGCUGUGAAGAGGAACUAAUUGAUGCAAUCGAAACAGCUACUGGGGAGAAGAAAGAUUGUUUGUGCUUCAUAGAAGUGAUAGUGCACAAAGAUGAUACCAGCAAAGAGCUCCUGGAGUGGGGUUCAAGGGUCUCUGCUGCCAAUAGCCGCCCACCAAAUCCUCAAUAGAAAACCAACAGACUCAUUAGAGCUGCUCUAGACUUGGUAGUACUUGAAUAUGAAAAAUAAUUGCAUAUUUUUAAGAUGCAGUUAAUUCAACUUAAAUUCUAAGUGAUUUUGAGUAAAAAGUAGAUCUCGCUUUUUAUUAA